GUUGUGAGUGAGGUGUACGAAGUACGACAGUACUAGUAGCUACAAAAAGGGAAGAAAAGAAAAGAAAGGAAAAGGGUUUGAGAAAGAAUGGAUGGAGAAGAGGAAGGUGAUUACGAUAUUUUCAGAGACGAUGAAGACGAUCCUGAUGCUCAAAAUUCUUUCCAAAAUAAUAACGAUUCCAACAAAGAAUUUGUGGUUUACCUUGUCGAUGCAUCUCCUAACAUGUUCAUUACCACUUCUUCUUCUGAAUCUGAAGAACAAGAAUCUCACUUCCAGAUUGCCCUUAGCUGUAUCUCCGAUUCACUCAAAGCAAUGAUCAUUAACAAAUCCUUAGAUCAAAUUGCCAUAUGCUUUUUUAACACCAAAGAAAAGAAGAAUUUACAAGACCUAAAUGGUGUUUACGUAUUUCAUGUUGCUGAAGAAGGAACCGACUAUCUUGACAGACCAACAGCUAAACUUAUCAAACAAUUUGAUAAUCUCCAUCAUUCUUUUUCCAAAAACAUUGGAAGUCAGCAUGGUGUCAUGUCCGGAAGUAGAGAAAAUCCUCUCUACAAUGCUAUCUGGGUCGCUCAAGCACUUCUUCGUAAAGGCUCUGCAAAGACCAUCGAUAAACGCAUACUUUUGUUCACAAAUCAAGAUGAUCCUUUUGGCUCUCUCAAAGGACCUUUCAAAUCAGACAUGACAAGGACAACACUGCAGAGAGCUAAAGACACUCAGGAUCUUGGCAUCACAAUUGAACUUCUUCCCCUUAGUUUCCCUGAUCAAACGUUUGACGUAUCUAAAUUCUAUGUUGAUUUGAUUGGCUUGGAAGGCGAUGAUCUUGUUAACUUUGUCGCAUCAGCAGGAAACAAAUUGGAGGAUAUGAAAGAUCAGUUAAGAAAGCGCAUGUUUACGAAACGCAGAGUCAACAAAUUUAAAUUCACAAUAGUUGAUGGGCUAUCAGUUGAACUUAAUUCAUAUGCUUUAAUUCGUCCAACUGCUCCUGGAGCAAUCACAUGGCUUGAUUCUAUUACUAAUCUUCCUUUGAAGAGUGAAAGAACUUUCAUUUGUGCUGAUACCGGUGCAUUGAUGGAAGAAUCUACCAGACGGUUUCAUCCUUAUAAAAACCAGAAUAUUAUAUUUUCUAUGAAGGAGCUAUCUGAAAUUAAGAGAGUUGCUACCGGACAUCUACAUCUUUUAGGGUUCAAGCCACUAAGCUGCUUGAGAGAUUAUUACAACUUGAAGCCAUCCACUUUCCUUUAUCCCAGUGACGAGGGUACAGAUGCUAGCAUGUGCACCUUCAUUGCCCUUCAUAGGUCCAUGGUACAGCUCAACCGUUUUGCAGUUGCAUUUAGUGGCAGUUCAUCUCGACCUCAAUUGGUCGCCCUUAUUGCGCAGGAUGAGGUUAUCCAAUCUGGUGGUCAGAUUGAGCCGCCGGGAAUGCACAUGAUUUAUCUUCCGUAUUCUGAUGACAUUAGACUUGUUGAAGAGCGUUAUUCAGAUACUAGUGGGGUGGUGACUAAAGCAAGUGAUGAUCAAAUAAAAAGGGCAGAUGAUUUAAUUAAGCGUUUGGACUUGAAAGAUUUUUCUGUAUUCCAAAUCACCAACCCUGCCUUGCAGAGACACUAUGCAGUAUUGCAGGCAUUAGCUCUGGAAGAGGAUGAUAUUCCCGAAAUCAAAGAUGAAACAUUACCUGAUGAGGAAGGCUUGUCCAGACCAGUAGUGAUCAGGGCAUUAGAAGAAUUCAAGUCCUAUGUAUACGGGGAGAAUUAUGAUGAGGAAAGUGAGCUUGGCACUGGAAAGCCAACUGAAGCCUCCAAGAAACGAAAAGCGCAUGCUGAGUUUGCUAUGAAAGAGUGUGAGAACUAUGAUUGGGGUGAGCUCGCUGAUACUGGAAAGCUGAAGGAUUUGACAGUGGUGGAGUUAAAAUAUUAUCUUACAGGACACAAUCUUCCUGUUUCUGGGAAGAAGGAAGCUUUAGUUAGCCGAAUAUUAACUCAUAUGGGAAAAUGACCAAGAAAAGGACCAGCGUUUGACUACUGUUAAACUGUCGUUUUCGUGUGUUUGUUGUUCCUGACCCGAUUUUGGAUUAUACACUGGAUUGUACUUAUACUAGAUUAAUCUACAAGACAGCAGGGAAGAUGUUAUUGACAUGACAUUUUUUUUUUUGAAGUAUUAACAUGGCAUGUUAAAAUCUAUCAUGACAUCACAUGUCAUCAUAUUUUCUAAAAUCAUCAGCAAAUACAAAGUCUCUGAAGAAAA